AUGCUGCUGCCACCCCUCAGUCCUGGGGACCCCAUCUCCCCAGCUGAGCCCAUCAGUCAAGCCUACAGCCUGGCCCUUUACAUGCAGAAGAAUACAUCAACACUGCUGCAGACUUACCUCCAGUACCAAGGCAGCCCCUUUAGUGACCCUGGCUUCUCAGCCCCUGAGCUCCAGCUCAGCAGCCUGCCUCCUGCCGCCGUCUCCUUCAAGACCUGGCAUGCCCUGGAUGAUGCAGAGCGGCUGGGCCGGGCCCAGGGGGCCUUCCAGGCCUUGUCCCAGCACCUCCAGCUAGUGGGGGACGACCAGAGUGACCUGAACCCUGCCAGCCCUAUCCUGCUGGCUCAGCUUGGGGCUGCAAGACUCAGGGCCCAAGGCCUGCUGGGAAACAUGGUUGCCAUCAUGACUGCCCUGGGCCUGCCCAUCCCCCCAGAAGAGGAUACUCUUGGGCUUGUCGCCUUUGGGGCCUCAGCCUUUGAGAGGAAAUGUCGAGGCUAUGUAGUGACCCGGGAAUAUGGCCACUGGACAGACCGAGCUGUGAGGGACUUGGCUCUGCUCAAGGCCAAAUAUCCUGGAUAG